AUGAAGAAGCUCUCCGGGCUGCAGCGGGAAGUGUGCUCUCUGUACAGACUCGCACUCCGGGAAAUCAGGAAGAAGCCCAAGGAGUCUCAGGCAAACUUUAAGCAGCUCGCCAGACAGGAAUUCCGCAAGAACAUGAGCAUCAGCAAAAAGGACUUCCCAGCCAUCGAGUUCCUAUUGCGGCGGGGUCAGCGCCAGAUCGAGAUGUAUGCGUCUCCUCGGAUCCGGAAUGUUCUGCCGUGA